AUGUGGAAAUUGAAGGUUCAGAAAGAAGAUCCACUUCCUCCUAUUCUCCAAACAAAGGAAUACUCUCAAGGGUUGAGUAAUGAGGAUGAGUUACAGCCACCUGAGUACCAUCCGCUCCUAGAUCACUACAUUGGGAAAGUGGAACAGAGGGAUAUACAACUAUACAAAAAGACAAACAAGGGAGGCACAAUGUUGGGUGGAAAAUAUCUUCAUAUGAGAUACAUUGCUCAUAUUGUUAAUCUUAUUGUUAGUGAUGGGCUCAAAGGUUUGGGGGAUUCCAUUGCCCGUGUUCGUUCGGCGGUGAGAUAUAUGAGAUGGAAUUCCACUUAUUUGAUGUUGAACAUUGCUCAAAAAUAUGAAAAAGCUUUUGAAAGAUAUGGUGAGGAGGAUCCCUUCUUUAGAUUUGAACUAAGUAAUGGAAAUGGAGCUCAUGGAAUGCCAUUGGAGGAUGAUUGGGUUAAUGUGAGAAGUAAUGUUGCUUGUGAUUUGCAAAAAUGGAGAUUGUCUGAUGAUGCAUCAUAUGCUAGAAUUGCUAAUAGAAUGAUAGAUAAAUAUGAGAAGUAUUGGGGAAGUUGGGAGAAGACGAACAUGUUGAUUUACAUUGCGGCGCUUCUAGAUCCACGAAAUAAAGAAGAUUUUGUGACUUUUAUUCUUGAGCUUACAUACGAUGAGAAAGAAAGUAUUGAUAAGUUAAAAUUCAUCAAAGAUGCCGUAUUUGCAUUAUUCAAUGACUACAAGAUUAAAUAUGGAACUGAAAUAAAUGCAAGAAGUGUUGAAGCAAAAUCAGAGUUGGAAAAAUUUCUAAGCGAGGAUGUUGAAGCCGAUCAAAGUAACUUUGAUAUUUUAGCUUAUUGGAAAGUUAAUAGUGCAAGGUUCCCAAUUCUCUCUCGGAUGGUUUAUGAUGUAUUGGCUAUUCCAAUCUCUAUAGUUACUUCUGAGUCUACAUUUAGUACAGGUGGCCGAGUACUUGAUCCAUUUAGGAGCUCAUUGACUCCGAGAAUGGUACAAAGCCUAGUAUACACUUUUGAUUGGCUUCAAAACUUGUUGGCUACGCCGGGUUCAAGCAAAAUUUGCUUUGAAGAAGAUUUGGAUGCUCUUGAGAAGUUAGACAUAGAUUUGGGCAAACUUUUAAUUGAACCAACAAUCAUGAAUUUGUAA